AUGGUCCAGUUUGAGACAUUCUCAGAGCGCAUUGGGAAGAUCAGAGUGGAUGUGGUGCAUCGAUACAGGGACAGUCGAUCGAUCAUCCCUGAGGAUGAGGAGACAUUCUUUUAUGAAGGUGUUCUGAAAUGGAAGGACCUCAACUGCACCAAGGAUUUUGAUAAUUUCCUGGCUGACCUGGGGCCUGAGAUCCAGACCCUGGCUCAGGUUGUUCACAGGCAAAAAGCCAUCAUUGAGACUCUUCAGGAACACCUACAAAAGGAAAAGAGUCUAGCUCUUCAGCCAUUGCUUGAGCUGACCGUGGCCAUAGCUCGAGACCUCCAGUCAGAUUUCCAACCAUAUUUCCCAAAAUUCUUUGAGAUUCUUACAUCCCUUUUGGAGACAAAGGACCCAGAACGCAUUGAAUGGACCUUCAUGGCUGUGGCCCAUCUCUACAAAUAUCUAUGGCGUCAGAUCCUCAAGGAUCUUGAGGGGAUGUUUGACCUUUAUUCCUGCCUGCUGGAGGAGAGUCGACCUGAACACAUUCAAAAGUUUGCUGCCCAGAGUUUUGCUUUUCUCUUUCGCAAGAUCCCAGACAAAAAGGCUUUCCUACUUAGAGCUUUUCAAAAAUUGGUGGAACAUCCCCAGAGGAAGAGAGGCUUGGGGCAUGUCCUCUCUGAAGCCAUGAAGGGAGUGAGACACACAUUGCACACAUGUUCAGAAUCUCUGCUUUCACUCAUUCUUUCCCUCCUGAAUGAGCCCAGCUUAGAGUCUCAUGUGGUCUUUGAGACAAUUGAAGUUGCCUUCCAGAAUUUGGUCCUCCAUGUUGAUCAGGAGUCUUCUAUCCUCAUCUGGAAACUUCUUCUGGACCAAGUGGAAAAACUCUCUGGAGAGGAAGGGAAAAGUGAAGAGAUAUCAAAGCUGCUAAAAGUGCUCAAGGACUUAGUGAGUUUUCGGGAGGGAAGUCUCCUCUCAGAUGUCCAAUGCAUCCUGCUGUGUUGCAGUGGAGUUCUCUUCAGCAAAUCUCAAUCAGAGGAGGUCCAUGAGGUGACUCUGGACAUUCUAUCCACUGUGCUGAAGUUCAGUCGCCUGGCUAGUGCUGGUGACAUUGUCACAAAUGUUGUACUCUCUGUGAGCAUCCAAAAUAUAUGCAUGGGAAGUGUGGUGUUGGUGCUGGAAAGCCAGAUGCAGAAUGCUACCAAGUUAGAUUUCCUGUCUUCAUUGAAGAUGCAUUCCCUUUUCCUGACUCAUAUCCUUCCCCUGGCAUUGGAUCACAUCCACAAGAACUUGGCAGGGGAGAAGUCAGUCCUCCACUUCCUGGCAGAUUUGGACCCAGUAUAUGUCAUGACUUCAGACCAACUCCAACAUUUUCAGCCCGCAUAUCCUCUGGAUUUCAGUAUCCCCAUCUUGAGGUCAAGGGUAUUGAAAGCCAAGAGAAAGGCGUCUGUGAUUGAUACAGUGGCAGAGAUUAUCACAGAGGCAGCUGUUUCAUAUCCAGCCACAUGUGAAGAGGUUGAAAUCCUGCCUACUGCUAUUAGCUUGUUUUCACGCCUACGACCCUCCAUUGACACAACCCUCUUGGUAAAUCUUGUGGAGAAACUGUUGGAGAUAGUGAAGGGGGAAGGGAAUAAGAUGGUGGAAAGCAGGAGACGAACACGAUCAACUCAUCGAGAAGCAGCAAAGCCAGGAGAUGCCAACAUUGAUCAUGUCUGGCUUCCUUUGUGGCUCUCAUUUGGAGCCCUACAUUGCUUAGAGCCUUCACAGCUGGCCAAAAUCCUAGAUGUGGAAUCACUGAGGGACAUUACUACCAGGCACUCAGGGGAUGUUCUCCCUCUUCGAGUGGUGGACAUAGGCCUGGCUGCCCUCAAGAUGUUUGGCACUCUUCAGAGGGAUCAACUGGAAGUCUUCUACAACUCUCUCAGGGGGAAUCUCCAGUCUCCUUAUGGAGAAUUGAGGCACCUAACACUGCUGAUCCUGAGUUCUUUCCCUGUUCAACUUCCUAAGCCCCCUGAAGGGAUGAGGGAUGCACCUUCCAGUAUUUUCCAGAUCUGCUUAAAGAUUGAACGCAUCCCACUUAGGAUUCAGGAAUACAGAGACAAGCUGAAGUGGCUUCAGCAACUGGAUUUCAAUCUUGUCCAGACUUCUCUUCCUCCUGGACUCAAGUUUGAUCUUGUGCCAGUGGAAUAUCUGCUGGGGAUGUUGUAUGAAGACCUGCAGCCUCUGUGGGAGCCAGUGCAGGGACUCCUGGCUUCUCAUGCCAUUUCCCUCCCACCAUCUGAGUUCUGGUCUCUCUUCUCUCCCACUUUACAAAAAGCGUACCAGGAUCUCUCAUCUCCAGUCAGUCCAUCCAUUCCACCAUCUACUAUAUACCAAUCUGGAUUCCCUAGAGAAUUGUAUAUUGAAGCAGGCCGAAAGCAUCAGGGGAAGGAGCCUGAUGUUUCUAACUUUCACUUGCUACUCUGGAAGUGCCUGAAACUCUUUCCACACAUAGUUGAAAUGUACAAUCGAGACAUCAUCCCAUUGUUCCUCUCCUUCAUCAAGAUGCAUUAUUACAAGCGGGACAAGGGUGCAAGUUGGAGUCAGGAUUACCGUCGGAAGCCAGAGGAGAUGGAUCAAAAUAAAGAUGAAAAAGAUCCAGUGGAAGAGAAAAAGCCACAGAGACCUCCUAAGCCAGCCAUCCUAGUGAUGGAAGCAGCUCUGGAGGUGUUCUCCCGGUUCAGUGACCCACGCUCCAUUAGCCAGGAGUCAGAUGUUCACUGUGUAUUCCUCCAGUUUCUCAUGCAUGGGAAGCCUGGAAUACAGAAACUGGCUUUAGACUGCUUGAUGGCAUAUCGCAACAAGGAUCUCCUCCCAUACAGGGAGGCCCUAUAUGGAUUGGUUGAGGAGAAGACAUUCCGCACCCAGCUGACUGCCUUCAAUGUGGACAGGGAUGCAGAGAUAGUCCGUGAUGAGCACCGCCAGUCACUUUUCCCUAUUCUUCUUCGACUCCUGUACGGGAAGAUGAUUCAGGGAGGAGGCAAAGGAAAAGGGAAAGGAGGGGUGAAAGCACGACGAGCUCUCAUAUUGCGCUUCCUUGCUGCCUGUCAAGAAGCUGAGUUCUCUCUCUUUCUUGAUCUUGCCUUGGGACACUUCUCAUCACGCAUCUCAGUUCAUGGAAGUGUCAGAACAAUGAUAAAAUGCAUCAUGGAGACAACAGAGCCAUCGUCAAGUGUGCCCCUGUCACGUCUUCGCAGCACCCUCAAUCUCCUUGGCCUCAUCAUUGCCAAGGUGGGAAAUCUUCUUGAAGGGAAUGUGAAACAUGUCCUGCGCAUCCUCAUCUUCACUGCAGCCACCAUCUCUGCAUUACUCAAACAACACAUGGAGCUGGAUCCUCAUGUCCUUGCUCCUCUAAGGGACCUUCGUUCUCUUGCCCUCAACUGUAUCACUCAAUUCUUUGACACUUUUCACCUCUAUCCCUGGAAUUUUGAGGAUGUUGAUGCUCUGUUUGAAGUUGCCAUCUGGCCAAGGCUUCCCAAGCUUGUGGUAGAAGGAAUCCAUGGUCCAACAGCUCUGUUACGACUGUUUUCCACAUGGACCCAGAACCCAAGGUACUUUCCCCUGCUGAUGAAACAUCACCCAUCUGACCCUGCUCUUAGCCCCCUCCCACAUGUCUAUGGCUUGUUGACACAAGAGAAGGCUGUAUCAUCUGUAAAGGAUUUCAUUCUUGAUAUGACUCACAAUCUGCUCACACUGGCAGAUUAUGAUCCAGCAGCAGAUGAGGAAGACGUGAAGCCUGCUCCAGAGAUUGUGCUGCAAGGAUGCAUCCAUAUGCCUUCACCUAAUCGCAUCAUGCAA